AUGAUUUACAUAAUUGAAUUGCAGGUAUCUUAUGAUAUCGUCCUGGGGUGCCAACCCCAAAAUCUCUCGCUGGCUCUAUACAGCCAUUGCAAGAACAAUUAUAACAUACGAACAGCCCCCACAGCAGCGUUAGAAGUUAUCACAGAUCUACCACCACUCCAUCUCCUACUAAAGAAAGAAGCCAUGGUCAACGGCUACAGGCUCAUCGCAGAAGAUAACUCUAAUUGCAAGAUAAUUCACUCUGAUAUUCUCACUGAAUUAAAUAGGGAAGAAUUACUUAAAAUAUCUCUAGUAGACAAUUGUCUCCCAAGAUAUACCUUCACCCAAAACUAUAAGGUCACAUUCCCCUCACGACAUGAGUGGGAACAGAACAGACCCAUCUUCAAUAGCGAGUCUCAUGUAUGGUACACAGAUGGCUCCAAAACAAAUGAAGGUGUUGGGGCCGGAGUAUUCGGAAUGAACACCAAAACUUAUCUGCACCAGAGCAUGGACAGCUUCAAUUCCGUAUUCCGAGCAGAGAUAUUCGCAAUUGAACUCUGCCUCAGAGAAAACUUAAACAGAGCUGUAAUAAACAAAAAAAUUUAUAUUCUCUCUGACAGCAAGGCCGCACUCCAAGCUCUUAGGAGCAAUGAAGUCAUCUCAAAGCUGGUAUGGGACUGCAUACAACUUCUACACCAACCUGCCAGUACAAACAGAGUUCAACUCAUUUGGAUACCUGGUCACAGCGGUCACGUUGGGAAUGAAAUAGCAGACACACUAGCCAGAAAAGGUUCCGCAUCUACAUUCAUGAUGCCAAGACCAUUCUGUGGCAUACCAACAAGCACUGCAAAACAUUACAUUAAUAAAUGGCUAAGAGAUAUGGCUAAUCAUUACUGGACGCAUACGGAAGGUAACAGACAAGCCAAAAAAUUUAUACCAAACAUCUCCCACGCCAGAACGAAACAACUCCUCACACUCACCAGGAGUCAGAUUCGCAUAACCACAGGCUUCCUUACUGGACACUGCUCAGUAAAAAAACACCUCAAGACCAUGGGCAUUACACAAGACGAUACCUGCAGAAUGUGUAACGAAGACGAAGAAACAGCAGAACACAUAUUGUGUCACUGUAAUUGCUUAAUCAAUACACGUCGACGUCACCUCGGAGGGAUUUCUACAUGA